UAGAGAUGAGCUACCCACUGGACUACCUCUACGGCCACGGAUCCUAUCGCAGGACACCACAGGGACACUCUGCCCGGCCCGCCGCUUCCCUCUCCUCCUCCGGCUACCACUCCCAGCCAUGGACGACCUCCCAACGCCACCGCCCGGCCUACAGCCAUGCAGCCUCUGCCGACAGCUUGGAAAUCUUUAAUGGCGACAUGACUCGGAGGAACGAGAAGGAGAUUCUGCAGACACUCAACGACCGGUUCGCCGGUUACAUCGACAAGGUGCGGAACCUCGAGCUGAUUAACUCGAAUCUGGAGCAGGAAGCGGCUGCACUGCGACAGAGCCAGACGGGGCGCGCUACGGUUGGAGAGCACUAUCAGCGUGAGCUGGGGGACCUGAGGGUUAUAGUCCAGCAGUUGACCGGGGAGAAGGCACGCACACUCUUGGAGCAUGACCACCUUGAAGAGGACAUCCAGCAUGUGCGGACCAGGCUCGAGGACGAGGCACGCAGCCGGGAGGAGCUGGAGGCCGCAGCACGCGUCAUGAACAAGUAUGUGGAUGAGUCUGGGCUUGCACGGCUGGAGCUGGACAAGAAGCUGUUCGCGCUGCAGGAAGAAGCCGCGUUCCUGAAGAAGAACCACGAGGAUGAGGUGGCCGAGAUGCUCGCACAGAUCCAGGGUACACAGGUGAGGUUCGAGGCUCGAGACACGAUCAAGGCGGACGUGACGAGCGCGCUGCGGGAGAUCCGCGCUCAGCUGGAUGGCCACGCGACCAAGAGCGCAAUGCAGGCAGAGGGAUGGUUUAAAGUGCGUAUGGAACGGUUGGCGGAUGCAGCUCACUCUAACACGGAUGCAAUCCGCGGUGCCCAAGAGGAGAUAGCCGAGUAUAGACGGCAGCUGCAGAGCCGCACCAUCGAACUGGAGACCCUCAAAGGAACCAAGGAGUCUUUGGAGAGACAACGCAUGGAUAGUGAGGACAGACACCAUGGGGAUAUCCACUCCCUACAGGAGACCAUCCACCAGCUGGACGGUGAGCUGAAGAGUACUAAGUGGGAGAUGGCCAGUCAGUUGAGAGAAUAUCAGGAGCUGCUGAAUGUCAAGAUGGCUCUGGAUAUAGAGAUAGCUGCCUACAGGAAGUUGCUGGAAGGGGAGGAGACUCGGUUCCUAUCUGGGCCAAGCCUGUUCUCCUACUCCUCCGUUCACCUUAAGCUUAAGGGGGAGGAGCUCUCAGACACAGUCAUACUGGAGGAACAGACGGAUGAGACACAGGUCACUGAGGUGACAGAGGAAGGAGAGGAAGAGAAGGGCGAAGAGAAUGAAGAGGAAGUAAAGGAAGAGGAUGAGACCAAAGCUGAGGUAGGAGAGGGGGAAGGAUCUGAGGAUAAGGGAGGAGAGGAGGAAGAGGGUGAUAAGGAGGAAGGGGAAGGAUCUGAGGAUAAGGGAGGAGAGGAGGAAGAGGGUGAUAAGGAGGAAGGGGAAGGAUCUGAGGAUAAGGGAGGAGAGGAGGAAGAGGGUGAUGAAGAGGAAGGAUCUGAGGAUAAGGGGGAAGAGGUGUCAGGUGAGGAGAAAGAGAAGUCUAAGUCACCUGAGGAGGCUGCUUCUCCAUCUAAGUCUCCCAUCAAAACCCCCCAGCCCAAAUCUCCCGCCGUCAAAUCCCCUGAAUCCAAAUCACCCCCAGCCAAAUCUCCCCUCCCCAAAUCACCCGCCAAGUCUCCUGCCCCCAAAUCUCCCACGGAGAAAUCUCCCCAGCUCAAAUCCCUGGCUGUGAAAUCACCAUCUAAAUCUCCCCCUAGCAAAUCCCCAGAGUCUAAGUCCCCUACUCCCAAGUCCCCCUCCAAGUCUCCUGAACCCAAGUCCCCCAUCCAGGAGAAGGCCAAGCCCCCUGCAGAAGACAAACCAGCCAAGGAGGAGAAGAAAGAGAAGGAACAACCCCAGCCUGUAAAAGAGGAGAAGAAACAGGAGCCAGAACCCAAGGAGAAAGAGAAGAGUGGGAGCCAGCCUAAAGAGAAGGCUGAGGAGAAGGCAGACAAACCAGAUCCCAAGAAGGAGAGCAAGCCAGAGGAGACCCCAACACCUGCCCCUCCUGCCGCCGCCUUGGAAAAGCCUGCAGAGGAGAAGCCCGCCCCCGCCAAGGAGAGCCCCACCCCUGCUAAGAAGGAAGAUGAGAAACAGGCCCCAUCCAAAACAGACGACAAACCUCAGGCAGAGUUGAAGCCUGCCCCCAAAGAAUCACCAGAGAAAGCAGAGAGCAAGAAAGAGAAGAAACCAGAGCCCAAAGAGGAGGUGAAGGAGGACAAGCAGGAGGCCUCUAAAGGGUCCGACAGUAAAGAGGCGAAGGAUACGAAGGUGGAAGGGAAGGCAGAGAAGGACGAAAAGUCCUCCAGCACUGAGGUCAAAGAGAAAGCCAUGAAGUGAAUCACUAACGUGGUGUUUAUGAGCCGAGAGAGAGAGAGAGAGAGAGAGAGAGAGACGCAAAAUAACUAUCG